AUGACAUAUCAAAAAAUCAUUGAUAAUCAGAGGCCUCCUAAACCAACUGAGGAGUGGCGUAGAAUCUUAGAAUCUGUUAGCAUCUCUGAUCGGAUUUCAGAAAAUAACCAAGAAUCUUUACAGCUGGUAAGUGCUGAGCAUGAUACCUCCUCUACUAACAUACAAGAAGAUGAGGUCGUUCAUACAGAGCACCCUAGAGAUGAAGAAGAUAGUGCAAAUUCCCAUAUAAGGCUAAAUACAGCUAGUACAAAGGCAAAAGAUGAAUCUUCACCAGUGGAAAAAAAUAGAAUAAUCAAUUCUUCCAAAGAUGAUACAUCAAGACGAGAAUCUGAUCUUAAUAAAUUAUUAAAUAUUACUGGAAAUAUU